GAAACUGUUGUGAAAACUGAAGCAGUGGUUUAACUGUUCAUUUUCAAACAUUCCGGGUAACCACUUCAGCCUGUUUUCCCGUACCUAGAGCUUAGCCGGCGCCAAAAUAUUCGCAGCACUUUUUUAUUUUCUUCCCAAACUAAAACCAAAUUAAAACCCCAUUUAAUUAACACCCUUAUCGUUUCUUGAUUACUGCACUCUAACUCGCCUCACUCUGUUCUUGAAAUUCUUGUUUUUUUUAGUCUCGGAAAACCUUCAGCCAUGAUUGAGAAUGGUUUUUCUUCACCUCGUAGUGAUAAUUUUCCUGCUGGUCUUCGUGUUCUUGUGGUUGAUGAUGAUCCUACUUGGUUGAAAAUUCUUGAAAAGAUGCUCAAGAAAUGCUCUUAUGAAGUGACUACUUGCGGAUUAGCAAGAGAUGCGUUGAACCUCCUUCGCGAGAGGAAAAAUGGAUACGACAUUGUGAUAAGUGAUGUUAAUAUGCCUGACAUGGACGGUUUUAAGCUUCUUGAGCAUGUCGGACUUGAGAUGGAUCUUCCAGUAAUAAUGAUGUCUGUUGACGGAGAAACAAGUCGAGUAAUGAAAGGUGUUGAGCAUGGAGCAUGUGAUUAUCUUCUUAAGCCAAUCAGAAUGAAAGAGCUUAAAAAUAUAUGGCAGCAUGUUCUCAGAAAGAAGAUACAUGAGGUGAGAGACAUUGAGAUUCUUGAAGGAAUGGACAGUAUGCCAAUGACUAGAAUCGGAUUUGAUCACUCCGAAGAUGGGCAUUUAUUUUAUGGAGACGAUCUGACUUCAGUCAAGAAAAGAAAAGACAUCGAAAACAAGCAUGAUGACAAAGAGGGUGAAAAUUCAUCCACUAAAAAAGCCAGAGUUGUUUGGUCUGUAGAUCUUCAUCAGAAAUUUGUCAAAGCUGUAAAUCUGAUUGGGUUUGAUAAAGUUGGCCCGAAGAAAAUACUUGACCUGAUGAACGUGCCAUGGUUGACGAGAGAAAAUGUUGCAAGCCACUUGCAGAAAUAUCGUCUCUAUUUGAGUAGAUUGCAGAAAGAUAAUGACACGAAAACUUCUGUUGGUGGGAUAAAGCAUUCAGACUCACCUUUAGGAGAUUCCGCCUUUAGUUUUAGUACUCAGAACUCGAUCAACUUGCAGAAAAAUGACAUUUCAAAUGAUAGCUAUGGAUAUUCCACCGGUAACUUAUUUGUCCAUAAUUCAGAGCCUAGAAGCCGUGAAAUUGAGAGAAAAGGAAUUGCUUCGAAGAAUACUGCAGAAAACAGAAGAGCUAUAACUGUUGACGUUCCAGAUCCUUGUAAGCGUAGGAGCUUGCAAAUGGAAUUUCGUCCCGCUUUUACAUCUCCGAGAUCUGAAGUAAACUUUACAGCAGUUGAUUCAAACUUCCCAACACAGUACCCUUGGUGUGAGAUUCCACAGAUAAAACAAGAACCGAAGCCUCUUCAUUUAGACGACGGGUUCAGGCAGCUACCAUUGCCUGGUCCACCGCUGCACAUUCAAGCUAAAUACCCACAGCCAGCGCAAGCCAUUAUUUCUUGUUCUUCUAUAACUGACAUAGUUAAGCCGGUGUACGACGAGUGCAGGAGGAAUGCCAAUCAUGAAAGUAGAGCAAGGAGGGAAAUUGACACCAGCCAUAUUCAGACAAAAGCUUAUACACCAAGUCGUCAAGCUUUCGAGCCUAUAUCUACUAGCACAUCAAGCAUAAAGAAUCAAGGAUUUCCGAAGGGCAUAUCGAGCUCAGAAUCAGUACAAAAAGGUUUAAAUUGGGGAAUGUCACCUUUGCCAACGAUGGAUGACAGCUUUCAGCCCUGCUGGGUUGAAAAUGACUGCUACACUACUAAUGUUGGACUCCAAAACGUCGAGUUUCCGGAGAAUUAUGAACCCGGGCUCAUUGCUGAUGUUCCGUUAAGCCUGUAUGACGCCUUAAGGUUCGACUACGAGACUACUCCGUAUGACCCAGCGGAGUAUUCUCUAAUGGAGCAAGGAUUGUUCAUAGCAUGAAGUUUCAUGGAAAUUCAUCAUUUCCUAUUUAUUUUGGAUGACCAAUCUAUAGAAUUGUCUUUGAAUUCUAUGGAUUGAGACAUUGUUUUGGUCUUCAGCCAUGGCCUCAGAUGCUGAAACAUGUAUAAUAGGGGUGAUGACAAAUAUUAAGCAUAAUAAGUUUUGCUUCGUCGGGCUUCUCUAACAUGCCGUUACCUUCUUUAGUGUUACAACUCUUAUAAUUUCCCGGAAAUUUUGUAAGUAAAUUGCCUUCUAGCUA